UGUCUGUUGUUUACUUCCAGGAGCGAUGGAAGUGCAGCUGGAGAGCAGAGAGAGAAGGGGGAGGGGCGCCUUGUGGUAUUGUGAAACCAGCUUUUCAGGACACCGCACUGUUUACUGUUUGCCUGGCAGACUUUUAACGACUCGCUCGGGAAGAUGUCGAGGUGACUCGCUUUUCUAGGCGCUCUUCAGACGGACAUCGACGUGUAAAAGUCUAGGAUGCUUCAGCUUGGAAGCCUGUUGACGCAGUUUCACGUCAGCAGCACAGCAGCACUGGAAAGUGACCAGGAAGCACUGCCUGAUUUCCUUCAACAUGUCAGGAAACUCACCGGGCUGAGACAGGAGGACGUCUACUGCAAUCUUCGGAUUCCCGACCAGUUUCAGGCUGUCAAAGAUGACAUAAAUGUUGUUAUCCUCACAGGCCAAGGGAUCUUCUGCAUUGAUGUGAAGACCUGCCGAGGUGUGGUGUCCGCCCACGACCAAAAGUGGCACAUUCAAGUGAAGGAGAAGGAGCAGAACUUUACAAACACCUGCAUUGAGCAGAUUGAGGAUCCCCUCAAAGCUAUCAUGACCAAAACGUCUCACCUGUGUGCCCAUUUGAGGAGGAGCGGCGUGUCCGUGCGCCAGAGCUGCUUUUUCCACAGGGUCGUCUUCCUCUCGCCCAAGUGCGAGUUGGACGAGGGGCUGCAGCAGAGGCGGGAGGUAGUGUCCCACGGCCAGAUAGAUGACUUCCUGAGGUCUUUCCGGGAGGGCUACAUGGCCUGGAUGUCAGACGCACUGACCCCCUCCUGGCUCUCUGGUCGUCUGUCUUACAGGCAGAUGGAGUCGGUGCGGCAGGUCCUAAAGAGGUCUGGAACCUGGGAUCUGAUGUGGCUUCACAACGGCGAGCAGCUCAAAGGAGACUACCAGGGGUGCCAGUACAUCGCGCUGGACCGCCAGGAGACGGGGACACUGGAGUUCUCCAGACUCAAGACACUGUGGGCCCUGUUGGGACACGCCUCUCAGGUGACUGUGAAAAUGUACAAGCGCGGCAGCUCGGGCGGCUGGCUGAGCAAGUCGCCGAGCGCCAGCGCCACCAUCCCCUCAGACACGGUCGUCAUCUUCCGGGUGAGCGGCGAGCAGACGGACGCCAAAAUCCCGGCCGACACCAUCCACAGCAUCACGCUCAGCGUAUGAGAGGAAGGGAUGGCUUAGCUUGAAGCCUAAAGACUGCUUUUCCAAGUGCCUUUUACCACAUUGUGGUGUUUUUACAUAAUGAGUGUGAACAGGAAGUGACCUUGUGAUACUACUGGUACUAUUGUACUAUUGUGGUGGUGAUUGUUUACCAUGCUUUUUUUUGGGAUACUAACAUUCAGUCACCACAUUUUUCAUUAUGGCCCAAAUGUUCCUUCGGAGAAGCCAUUGACACAUACAACACAUUAUGCAGGGAUUUAAGUAGACAAUCCUACAAAACUUUAAGCAAUAUAUUAUUUUACAAAUUCACUUUUGUCUGUGUGAGCUACUCCGUGUAGACUCCAAGCAAAAACAUUUUAAAUUUACUUUUUUGGAAAUGACCAAAAAAACAACAAAAAAACAAAAGAGUUGGUACUAAAUACAAGAUAUAUUACUUUUAGUGCAAAGUAAUCGAAUUUUCAUGACUGUAAUUGAAAAUAAUUCACUAAACCCAGGGGUGUCUAAAGUGUAGUCCGGGGGGGCAUUUGCGGCUCGUGGCACAUUCUAAAAAUAUAAUUUCACAAAAAAAAAAUCAGAAGUAUGGUAAUUUAACAAGAAAAGGCGAAAUAUUAACACAAAAGCAUAAUGUAAACAAGAAAAAGUUGUAAUUUUGCAAGAAUUAAUGUGGUGAUAUGAGGGAAAAUAAUGUAAUUUUAGUAAAACCCACAGCUCUUAGUCUUGCAAAUGAGAUGGAGCCAGGGCCGAGCCAGAACAAUAGAUGCUAACAAGCCAGUAUCAGAGUCGUUCAUACCCAACUCAGGGAGCAACACUUCCCUUUUAUCGGAGGUGUUAAUAGCAGGAGAGGAUUAUACCACUACUCCGCCCAGGCUUAGUGUAAGGAACCAAUAGGAGAAGGGUGUUGGCACACCAAUUCCUCCCACUCUUACUGUAUUUAAGGCCCAGGCUACUAGCACUUAUUAGUUCGCUGACGAAGCUCUUCGGAUGAGGAGCGAAACGUUCGACACCUUUUUCACAGAAGUACAGAUAACGUCUCAAGAAGCCUUUCCCUCGUCACUUUAGUAAAUAGAAAAAAUAAAGUUGAAAAAUUAAAGAAAAAAGUAUUUGUUUUUUUUAGUAGUAUUAUGAGAAACAGAAGUUGUAAUUUUUAGAAAAUUAGGUUGGGGAAAAAGUUAUAUUAUGGGAAUAAAGUCAUAAUAUUGCAAGGACAAAACAAGAAGAAAGUUUAAAUAGUUGGAAAAUGUAAAAAAAAAAAAAAAAGAAAAAACCUCAGCAGAAAUGGAAAAAACAUUUGUAAUUUUAGGAAAAUAAAGUCAAAAUAUCAAGAGAAAGAAGUUGUAUUCUAAUGAGAAAACAAGUCACAAUUUUAUGAGAAUAAGCUCAUAAUAUGAGAAAAAUGUCAUUUUAGUAGGAAAGGGUUGACAUUUUUAUUAAAUAAAACAUUUAAAGUUGCGUAUGAAUUAGGUUGGGGGUUAUAUGGGGAUAAAAUAAUAUCACAAGAAGAAAACAAAAGUUAAAGUAUUUGGAAAAAAAAUGGAGAGAGAAAGAGGAGAGAGAAAGAGGAAAGGCCAAAGUUGACACUAAUAAUCCGCUUUUUCGCCUUUUUCACAAAGCUUAGAUGUAUUUUUUUCUUGAAAUAUGUAUAACUUCUUUCUUUCCAAAAUAUCAAAGUGGCCCUUGCAUCCUUUUUUAUCCUCCGGUAUGGGGCCCUCGCUGGAAAACGUUUGGACACCCCUGACGAACCCUUUUAAAGCGCUCUAUUCCAGUACAUGUUUGUACAAAAUCCUACUAAAUGCCCAUGCAUUGUACGUACUUCCCGAGGGACAUCGUGGUGAUGAUAUCAGCACUAGCUAGUACCCUCCAGUGGUUUGAGAUUGUGAUAUGUAUGUAGCUGGAAGGUAUAUUAUUUAUGUGUAUUUACCUCAGAGUGAUUUCUACCCCAAACAGCACUUGGUUUUGUAUGUGUGUUAGUUCUUAGCGUCACGGGAGUGGCGUGGGGUGCAUGCGAGUGAGCUUAUCUUAAAUGCAUUUGUACUUUUUGUGUGACUUCAAAUAAAACAUCUUUCAUUUGCUUUGGA